GGUGUUAGGCAGUCUCUACCCCCAUCCCAGUUGGACCCCUCACUGCCUCCACAGUGGGGGCCUCUCCCCAUCCCACUGAAAAGCAUGUAUACAGUAGAAUCUCUGUGCAGCACCAGCAGAACAUCAUAUGAGGGUGGCUCAGCAGAGGGUGCAGCUACAAUUGGUUCUACCCACAAGCAUGGAUCCUGUACAGGAUUUCCACAACAUGGAGCAAUGGGAGGAAUUAUGUUGACUAGCAGAGAAACAGCCAGCCCAAUGACUGCAUCUGGCAUCCAUAUGACACCAUAUAGCAAGCCGUCAACUGAAUACAAGUUGAAGCAAAGGAGAGGAGAAUUUCCACAACAUGGAGCAAUGGGAGGAAUUAUGUUGACUAGCAGAGAAACAGCCAGCCCAAUGACUGCAUCUGGCAUCCAUAUGACACCAUAUAGCAAGCCGUCAAUUGAAUACAAGACGAAGCAAAGGAGAGGAGAGUAGGAGUGGUUUGGAGGUGUCAUUUGUGAUACACAAAAAGAAGUAGUUGUUUUGUGCAUCA